AUGUGGAUAUGUUUUGGUUUGCAGCAAAGAACACGUGUGUGAAAUGCUGAACAGGCAGUUUUUUAGGACUUAUGUACACAGACUUUGUGGUAAGUUUGAAUGUGUAUAAACCGCAGAGGUGAUGCUUUUAUUUUGUAGAUUAUAGCCGGAAGAUGGUCUCGCUGACCUCGCGAGAAGACCUAGACGAGAGUUGCCAAACUUGUUCCUACCUAUCUUUUCCCCGUCUCAAAGCCGGUAUAUUAUAGGUAAACUAGCAGGUGAAGCGGCGCUUACCCCGGUCAGGAGUUUAAAUGAAAGCCGUACUUCUCGCCGCUGGGUACGGAACCAGGCUCCAGCGGGAUGUGGUUUCCGACAGCAGCGGGAGGUUCGCUCACCUUGCUGGCACCGCUAAGCCGCUGCUCCCGGUGGGACGCUGUGCCUUAAUAUCCCACUGGGUCCGCGCCCUGAGCGCCUGUGGCUCUGUGGACGGUAUUUAUGUUGUUACUAACGCUCUUUACCAUGCUGCAUUUGAAGAGUGGGCUGCACAUUUCCAAAAUGUCAGGAUUCUCAGCGAUCAGACAAGAAGCAAUGAUGAGCGUCUUGGUGCUGUGGCCUGCCUGCAGCUUGCAAUAAAGCACUUCAAGAUAGAAGACCAUGUUGUGGUUAUUGGAGGUGACACCCUCUUCAAAGAAGAUUUUAGCCUCACUAAAGUCAAAGAGAGGUUUUCUGACCUCCAAGCAAAGUGUGAGGACAGCUGUCUGGUGCUCUCCUACCAAUGCAGAGAUCAAGAAACCCAUAAAUACGGGAUUCUGGAAGUGGACAGUGAUCUUUGUGUCGUCUGCAUGAAGGAGAAACCUCUUCCUUCUGAUACGGAGUCAAGGAGAGCAUGUCCCUGUUUCUAUGUGUUAUCAAAGAAAAGCCUUCCUUUGCUGGAUACCUUCCUUGAGGAAAAGAAGGAAGCUCCUAUUGAAGAGAAGGACGCCCCAGGAAACUUUCUGUCUUGGCUCAUUCCGAGGAGGCCUGUAUAUGUUCAUGAGAUUUCUGGGCGUUUUGAUGUUGGAAACUUGCCUUCCUAUAUCGAAUGUGACCUUUUCUUCAGAGAAAAGCUUCAAGAUGCUGAGUCUUUCAUGGUGUAGAGGAAAGAAAUGGUUAAAAACGCCAUGUUUAUUAUGCCACA